CAUAGAGCCCCGAACCACGAAUACUGUGGAAGCACAGAGGGCUAGAAUUGUGGUAUUGCGCACCGGCACUGUUUUAAGUAUUUGAGCGUUUAAGCGAAAGGAAUCCACGCCGACCACGCGCAUACCCUUGGCGAAUAUUCUAUAAACAAGUGAUGCUGAACCAUAGAUAGUGCUUUACCUAUCUGGUCGCCUCGCUUUGACCCUCUUCGCUCUGACUUACCAGCUAGCUUAGCAUUAUCAAUACAUUGGCAUUUUGCUUUCGCCUACUGUCAUUUGGUAGUGCAGAUAGUCAACUUGACAGCAAACUUACGGCGGUCAUAACCGGAAGACGUGGCGUAACAAAGGAGGCGUGGAGCGUUAAGCAGAGCGCAUUCCAUCAGGAGGUUAUUCAGGGUCUUCCCUAAAAUAAUUUGGAAUGGCCGAUUCUGAAGGGUUCCCCUAUCCGCCGCGCAAGGAUGGCUACGUUGAUUGCCUGACCCCUUCGCAAGAGAAUGCUCUCAAGGAGCUUUGCAAGCGCCUGCCUGCUACGUUGGACAUUUUCAGUGCCGAACACUUGACCCUCUGGGGCGUGCCGCUAGCAGACCUGGUUCACCCACAGCAGUCACAGCAGCCGAAGGAGGGAAGCGACACAGCAACAGAUGCAGCAGCCGCAGCCGCUGGGGGAGCCGCAGCCCCUGCGCCCGCACCAACCGCAGCGCCAGCCAACGGCGGUGGUGAUGCUGGUAGCGGCCCCAGCCGCGCACAGCGGGUGGUGCUGCUCAAGUUCCUGCGCGCGCGGCAGUGGCACGUGGCGGCGGCGCUGACUCAACUUGUCAACUGCCUCAAGUGGCGUCGUGACUUUGACGUGGCUGGGUUGUCUUCGGAGACCUUUCCACAGCAGCUGGCAGCGGCGGGGCAGCUCUCGGGCAGGGACCGGGCGGGCAACCCGGUCACCUACAACUACUACGGCACGGAUGUGGACCUGCAGUCGGUGCUCAGCGGCCCCGGCGGCGUCGCCUCCUUCGUGCGCUGGCGGGUGAAGCUGAUGGAGCAGGCGGUGGCGCUGCUGGAAUUUGAGGGCGGCAUCGAGCAUGUCAUGCAGGUUCACGACUACUCGGGGGCUUCCAUGUUCCGCAUGGACGCGCAAAUGAAGACGGCCUCGCGGGAGAUCAUCAAGCUGUUCCAGGACAACUACCCUGAGAUGCUGUCCGCAAAGCUCUUCCUGAACGUCCCAGUGGUUAUGGAGUUCCUCUUCUCGCUGUUCACCACGUUCUCUGACGUGAACACGCGCGCCAAGUUCACAAUGGCGUCGCCGCAGCGGUCCCGGCCGCUGCUGCUGCGAUACAUCGACCCUGUGCAGCUCCCCGAGAGGUAUCGCUCGGAAGCUGAUGACAAGUAGUUGGUUGUGGGAGGUUGUCGUUGACGGUGGCUUGGUUGGCCCUUAAGGGGAGGUUAAAGAGGAGCCCAGGCAGUAGCCUCAUGUCUUUUGGUGUGUACUUGAUAUAUGGCCACACGUGCAUUGUGUUGUUGCGUUGCAGUGGAAGUGAGGGAUGGAGGGAAGGUUUUUUAUUUGAUCAAAACAUAUCAACGUAUUGGUUGCUAGGGUUACAGCAUUUUGCUGCAAGACUAUUACAGUGAAGAAGGACGCUACAUACUGUCCGUGA